AAACCAACCGAGUUUUCUUUCUAUCCUAUUCUCUCUUUCUCUCUCUCUCUCUCUCUCUCUCUCUCUCUCUCAAACCGCCUACAUGCGCUUCUUAAUUUGGCAAAGGCUUAAAGGUGGCAUGUAGGUUUUGAGGGUAGCUUUUCCCUUUUUUUUUUUUUGUUCCUCUCACUCUAUGUCACACUGGCUUCAGUUAAAGUAGCUAGAGAGGGAAUUCUGGUGUUUUCCAUGGUUAAAGCAGGUUUAUAGUUCAAUCCUACUGUGACAGUUUCCUCUUUUCCUCUCCUCCUCACUUCUUCUUCUUAUACUUUUUCCUCCUCUCCUCUUCUUCUCCUUGACAGUUUUUAUUCUUCCUAUUCUGGGCAUAUUUCUCAUCUGGGUUUUGCUGGAUUUCUUGAUUUGAAUCGAGUUUGUUGCCUGAGAGCAAAGCAGCUGGGAUAUGAGCAGUUGUUUGCCAUACAGAGAUAAAGAUUUCUGGUUGAGAGAAAAAAGAUAGCAUCUAUCUUUCCGUACGUCGAAAGAGCAAUGAAUAAGAGUAGUGUGGGCUCCAUCAGCAGUUCAUCAGCAGAUCUCAUCGAUGCCAAGCUCGAAGAGCAUCAGAUGUGUGGAUCCAAGCAGUGCCCCGGCUGCGGACACAAGCUCGAAGGCAAGCCGGACUGGUUAGGUCUACCAGCAGGAGUGAAAUUUGAUCCUACAGACCAAGAAUUGAUAGAACACCUUGAAGCAAAGGUAGAGGCCAAAGACAUGAAAUCUCACCCUUUGAUAGAUGAGUUUAUCCCUACUAUUGAAGGAGAAGAUGGGAUUUGUUAUACCCAUCCUGAAAAACUUCCAGGAGUUACAAGAGAUGGGUUGAGCAGGCAUUUCUUCCAUAGACCUUCGAAAGCUUACACGACAGGAACAAGAAAGAGAAGAAAAAUUCAAACCGAAUGCGACAUGCAAGGUGGAGAGACACGGUGGCACAAGACUGGGAAGACUAGGCCUGUAAUGGUGAAUGGCAAGCAAAAGGGCUGCAAGAAAAUUCUAGUCCUUUACACAAACUUCGGCAAAAACAGAAAACCCGAAAAGACCAACUGGGUGAUGCAUCAAUACCACCUUGGUCAGAACGAAGAGGAGAAAGAAGGUGAGCUUGUGGUUUCCAAGAUAUUUUAUCAGACUCAGCCAAGGCAAUGCAACUGGUCUGACCGCAGUGCAACCACCGGCGAAGGAAGCAGCGACCCUAAUAGCAGGAGAGACAGUGGCAGUGGGAGUUGUUCUUCCCGGGAGAUGAUUCCACAGAGAGACGACGUGUCUCCGGCUGGGGUUGCUCCAAUAUCCGGUUACACUGCCAUGGACAUUCAACAGUUCAAAUCUGACCAUUUUAGCUUUGCUCCAUUCAGAAAAAGCUUUGACGAGGUGGGGAUAGGAGAGGCAUCGACGGCAAGGGAAGCCGCAGCAUCAGGCACGUGCGAAGAGAUGCGGGAUCACCAGAGGCCACAUGCCAUGGCACCCCAUGAGCAUCAUCAGCAACAUCACCAUCCACAUCAUCAGAUUGCGACGGCCACAGCCUUUCACAUCACCAGGCCUUCACAUCCCAUUUCCACCAUCAUCUCUCCGCCUCCCCUCCACCACACCUCCAUUAUUCUCGAUCAAGACUCCUACCACGUCUCCAGAAUAAUGCUCCAAAAUGAAAAUUUCCAGCAGCAGCAGCAGCAGCAACAACAGCAGCAACAGCAUCAUAAAAUGGGAGCGAGGUCUGCCUCUGGCUUGGAGGAACUCAUAAUGGGUUGCACUUCAACUAAUGUCAAAGAGGAAUCAUCCAUUACAAACCCUCAAGAAGCAGAAUGGUUGAAGUAUUCCUCCUUCUGGCCUGAUCCUGACAACCCGGAUCAUCAUGGGUAGGAGCAAAAAAAAAAAAAUAGAGAAUAAACAACACCCUUACAGACAACAUCAUUAUUGUCAUCAUUACUAUGAAACCUUCCUCAAGUUCUUUCGACAUGAGGCCGAGAAACCAUCCAUUGUUUGGUCAUUUUCUUUCUUUUUUCCCGGGGGUCUGGCUAAGCUCUGAUGGCUCUCAACCGAACUAACUGUGCAACAGUCCAUGUAGAGAGAGAGAAAGAACAAAAGGAAAAAGGAAGAAAAAGAAAAGAAACCAAGAAAGGCUGCAUUCUCCUCUGACAAAUAGAAGGAGAACCAAAGACCCAAAAGAUAACCAUUCGCAUGAAAAUCAUCACCAUUAUGAUUACAAUAUCAUCUUUAUGGCUAUUCUUAUUAUUUUAUUAUUUUCAAGAGCUUGUAUAAUUUCUCUUUCUUGUUCUUUACAAAGAAAAUACCAAAGAGCUUGUGCAAAUUGCAACAAA